AUGGAGUAUUCUGGAACGAAAUGUGUGCCCGAAAACUCUAACAAAACAGGAAACGAUAGCAAUCUCGACAACAGAGACAACGAAGAAAAUGGAGGGAAAUAUCAAGUUCUAGGAAUUAGUGAAGACACGCCAUACGAAGGACAUUCUGAGGAGGAAAUGAAAACUGACGAUAACUAUAGAGACAAGAAGGGGCUGUGCAGUUACAGAAAUAACCUACAAGGUGACAAAAGUGACAGAAAAUAUCUCUCACCGAAGAGUCGGUGUGGUGAAGGUGUUAAGGAGAUGCGAAACACCAUUAACAGGAGAGAACGACGAAGGAUGCAUCAGCUUAACAUAGCUCUGGAUGGCCUGCGAGAUGUGAUGCCCUCUGUUCACUCGUCGUCUGCUCGAAAACUCUCUAAAGUAGCCACACUGAUGUCAGCCAAAAAUUACAUUCAAAUGCUGGUCAAGUCUGUCCAAGAAAUGCGCGUUUUACUGCACAAACUCGGUGGGUGGAGUGGGGCUUUCAGUAAAGGUGUGCCUUACUACCGUGGUCCUGUCGUGACGCCGCCGCAAUUUUCCUCGCCAUCACAAAGUUUCCUGGACACUCCGUCAACUCCAACGAGUCUUACUCCGUGUACUUACAGUUACAGCAGGGAGACGCCUGUUACUUCGACAAUGAAGCCCAACCUCAACAUACAUGACCAUGUCACGAAUUUGAAGAACGAAAGCACCCUCUCAUUUAAUAUGUAUAAAGCUAGUUAA